AUGACGGGAACAUUUUUGCUACAAGGAUUCGUGAGUGUAAGGUGUUGUGCUGAUUCAACUUUCACGGAUCAAAAUGGUAUAAGUUGGGUAACAGAUGAAAAUUGGUUCCCGGAUAAUUCAAGUUGCAAAGACAUAACUAGGCCUGUGCAAAAUGAUACAAGAUAUAAUAAAGCUCGAGUUUUUAGUAACCUCUUGGGUAAAAAAUGGUGUUAUAACUUAAAAACAACAAAGGAUCAAGACUAUCUGAUAAGGGGUACAUUCCUUUCCGGUGAACAGCAAGCAACUGUUUUGGGUUCCUUUGGUGUUUCGGUUGAUGCCACAUGGAUAAGCCUAGUGAACUCUUCGGAUGAUACAGAGGUGGAGGGAAUUUUUAAAGCUACCAAUGAAUAUACAAACUUCUGCUUAUUGAAGGUGAAGGUAGAUCCUUACAUUUCAAAGCUUGAGCUGAGGCAUUUGAAUGAUUCAGAAUAUUUGAUAAAGGAGCCAUCCAGUGUGCUGAAACUUGUACAUCGAGUUGAUGUUGGGAGCUCAGGAGCAGAGAUCAGGUACCCAAUUGACCUAUAUGAUCGAAUCUGGAAGUCAGGACCAAGUCCUGCAGAAGGAGCCUCUAGCAUAUCAUCUACGACUGCCAUUCCCAUCAACAAUGCUAAUGUAACAGUACCUCCUAUACAAGUGUUACAGACAGCUCUAACCCAUCCAGAAUGUUUGGAGUUCCAGCACAAAGACCUUGACACUCGAGACUAUAAUUAUCAUGUCAUCAUUUACUUUCUGGAGCUCAAUGGCUCUGUUCAAGCUGGGCAAAGGGUGUUUGAUAUAUACAUCAAUAAUGAAAAGAGAAAGGAGUUUGAUAUAUUGGAUGGUGGUUCCAACUACAAUGCUGUUAUUCUGAACUUUACAGCAAAGGGUUUUUUUAAUUUGACAUUGACCAAGGCCUCAAAUAGGUCAUUGUUUGGACCUAUUUGUAAUGCUUAUGAGAUCUUGCAAGUACGGCCAUGGGAUCGUCAAGAGACAGCCCAAGAAGAUGUGGAUGUGAUUGCAGAGGUGAAGGCAGAGUUAUUGGUAGUUAACCAAGAUAAUGAAGCGUUGGAGAGUUGGUCAGGGGACCCGUGCCUUCCUCUCCCCUGGCUAGGGCUGUACUGUGAGCCAAUUAAUAAUAGUUCCUUUGUCAUCACUAAGCUGGAUCUUUCUGACAGAAAUCUUCAAGGGCCACUUCCUGCUAGUGCUACCGAGUUGACCCACCUAAAGGAAUUGAACGUAAGCAACAAUCGCUUCACCAAUACCAUCCCAGAAUUCCCAGUUUCGUCCAUGUUGGCAUCAGUAGAUCUAAGCAACAAUGAUCUUAUGGGGAAGAUUCCAGAGUCUCUUGCAUCCCUUCCAUAUUUGAAAAAAUUGUAUUUUCGGUGCAAUCCACAUUUCAGCAAAGAGCCUCCUGCCAACAUCACAAGACUUGAUACAGACAAUGGAUUGUGUGGUGCCCAAGGAUCUUCGCGUUCAACACAAGGAAUUGUCAUAGGCACAGUUGCAGGUGGAUCUUUCUUAGUUACCCUUGCAAUUGGAGCUUUCAUUGUUUGCUUUUACAAACGAAGUGUGAUGGCUCGGGGAAAAUUUGAAGGGCAAAUGACAAAAAAUUUGGUUUUCUCAAUACCCAGUAUGGAUGAUAUUGUUUUCAAGUCCAUAUCCAUACAGAGCUUUACUCUGGAUUCCAUAGAAACUGCCACCCAAAAGUACAAAACUUUGAUAGGUGAAGGAGGCUUUGGAUCUGUUUACCGUGGGACUCUACCUGAUGGUCAAGAAGUUGCCGUGAAGGUACGGUCAUCCACUUCAACACAGGGAACUCGUGAAUUCGAUAAUGAGCUAAACCUUCUCUCUGCAAUUCGGCAUGAGAAUCUGGUUCCACUUCUCGGCUACUGUUGUGAAAAUGACCAACAAAUUCUUGUUUAUCCUUUCAUGUCAAAUGGCUCCCUACAGGAUCGUCUAUAUGGGGAAGCAGCAAAACGAAAGACUCUAGACUGGCCAACCAGACUUUCUGUAGCUCUUGGUGCAGCUCGAGGUUUGACGUAUCUUCACACAUUUGCGGGGCGUUGUGUCAUACAUAGGGAUGUAAAAUCAAGUAACAUACUCUUGGAUCAUAGCAUGUGCUCCAAGGUAGCAGAUUUUGGUUUUUCAAAAUAUGCUCCUCAAGAAGGGGAUAGUGGUGUUUCUCUAGAAGUAAGGGGGACUGCUGGAUACUUGGAUCCAGAGUAUUAUUCAACCCAGCAUUUAUCUGCAAAAAGUGAUGUCUUCAGCUUUGGUGUUGUUCUACUCGAAAUAGUAAGUGGUCGGGAGCCUCUCAACAUACACAGGCCACGCAAUGAGUGGAGCUUGGUUGAAUGGGCCAAACCAUAUAUAAGGAAUUCAAGAAUUGAUGAAAUUGUGGAUCCUAGCAUAAAGGGAGGAUACCAUGCAGAGGCAAUGUGGAGAGUGGUGGAGGUGGCACUGGCAUGUAUUGAGCCCUUCUCUGCUUAUAGACCAUGCAUGGCUGACAUCGUGCGGGAACUAGAGGAUGCUUUCAUCAUUGAGAAUAACGCAUCUGAAUACAUGAAGUCCAUAGACAGCUUCGGAGGAUCCAAUCGCUUUUCCAUCGAGAGACCAAUUGUUCUUCCCACCACUCCAACUCCAACAGAACCAUCCCCUAUCCUUUCACAGCCUGCUCCUCCACAGCCAAGAUAAUUCUUUCGUGGAUGAGAUAUCCAAUAAUUGCCAAUGAUGAUCAGUUCAGUUACCU